CGGCGUUGCGGAUGAUGCGAAGUUCAAGCUGGUAGCAGCAGUUGGGCAACUGCGUUAUCCUCUUGAUGUGUCGUAUCAACGAACUCUGUUGGAAAGGCGUUGAGCGUGAACUCGGUAAUGGGAAGAUUACCAUCUACCCUCUUAAUCUCUACCAUGGCCGCGUCUGAACAUCUCUAGCAGCCAAGAAAUGGCCGGUGAAGAAGCCGCACAAGUCUUGUCACUUAUAUCGUCCGAAGCCAAUAUUAUGAGUUCUAAGACCACACAGAAGACGACUUAUUCGACUUCUGGUUGUACAGUAUUUCUGGUCGUCUUUUUACCCAAUCUAGCUUUUGACAACGUUAUGGUCAUUUGCUACCUCAGGUCAAACAGUCCUAAACAUGCCGUCUCUGAAAAUGGUUGCAGCGUUUCUAACGACUGCAUAUGUUCGACUUUGAAUCCGAAAGACCAAGAAGAACCAGACUCCUCGGCGCCUAGAGCGUUUCGUUGCGUUCAAUCUUUGCUUUCCAUUGUAAUUUUGGCGGGUGUGUUGUACCUCGUAUCGAUUCGUGAUGCAAUUAUGGCUGAGUUCAGCCCGGAUAUAAGCCAUUCUCAAUCCAAAUGCGGAUUGCUUCGUUCUCUACCACGGGAACUCCCGUGGGUUCCCCUGAUGACACGCGAAGCAGGUUAAUUUAGAGACGCCAGAGCGGCUCUUGUACAUCCGAAAGGAAAUGUACCACCACAGCAAUCUCACAGUGCACGGGUGCAGAUUUGUCGAGAAUGACGAAUCCUGUUCACCCCAGGCUUUGACUCGUUGACAUUCCAUUUCUUUAUUUGUGGGUGAUAUGUGCAAACCAUUGGGAAUGGCUGACCGGGUAUU